GAGAACGCCAGGGUGAAGUCGCCCAGGAAUCGGCAGUUUUGGUUUGUAGACUUACCAGUGCCAAUGGACCGCGUCGUAACGCCUUAUCACCGUAUCAAUAGGACUUUCCUGAUGAUUAUUGGCCUUUGGCCACUGCAGUCACCAAGAUCUAGAUAUUGUUUUUAUACGUUUACAUUAUUCAUUACUCUUACUCAUGGAUAUUUGCAGACUGCUGGUAUGGUCGCUGCUGUAGUUGACAUCGACGUCUUUUUGGAGGCCAUCCCCACAGUUCUGGCCGACGUUGUCUGCUACUUCAAAUAUUUAAAUUUUACCAUUAAUGCAGCAAAAAUGAAAAAACUUUUACUCAUUAUUGAAGAAGACUGGAACCGUUACACAGUAGGAAAAGAACUUGAUAUACUCAACGAAUACGCGCAAUUUGGGAGGAAGGUCACUGUUUACUAUGCGGGUGCCUUGUACGGAUCUCUUAUACCUCUGAUGAUGACACCUCUGGUUCCCAUCGUCCUGGACGUCGUAAUGCCCAUGAAUGUGAGUUACCCGAAACACCUGAUGUUCCAACAAAUUGAAUUUCUCAUGGAUUUUGAACCCUACUUAUUUCCACUCAUAAUACAUGGAUACGUUGGAACAGCCGGUUACUUGACUAUCAUCAUUGCCAUCGAUACCAUGUUGAUGGUGUACAUUCAGCAUGCUUGUGCACAAUUCUCGAUAAUACGAUUAAUGCUGGACCGAUUGGCUAAAGUGGACGCUGAUGAAGGUGAUCAUCACGCACCCGAGUUUGACGAAAUAGAUUAUAAAAAUAUGGCGGCCUGCAUCGAAAGGCACAACCAUGCAAUAGCAUUUUGCGACCUCAUAGAAGAGGCUAAUUACAUGUCUUUCACCUUCAUCGUCGGUAUCAACAUGCUGAUGAUGACUUCAUCAGCUCUCGUGGCAGUUUUCAAGAUGGACAACCCCGACGUCGCCGGAAAAUUUGUGGCCUUCACCAUAGGUGAAAUGUUUCAUCUGUUCUACAGCAAUUGGCAGGGACAACUACUCCGGGAACACAGUGAAUCUAUAUUCUCUAAUGUAUGGGACGCGAGAUGGAACUACACAUCGGUCCGAACUCAACGUCUCAUUAUUCCUCUGCUGAUGAGGAGCACAAAACCCUGUACAAUAACAGCGGGAAAAAUGUACACGAUGUCGUUGAGAAGCUUCAGCGAGGUUGUGAAGACGUCUUUUUCGUACUUGACAGUCUUCGCAUCGAUGCGAACGAUGGCAGAACCUCCCGAUAGUUUCUUGAAACUUAAUGGUAUUUUUUUAUCACUCAUUGGCCUCUGGCCGUAUCAACAUAAAUUUCAACAGUUAUUAUUCUUUACUCUGGCGACAUUUUUCCUGGCUACGCAAGGAAUAUUGCAGACUGGUGGCCUCGUAGCAGCUUGGUGCGAUACUCCUAUUUUCCUGGAAUCUUUGGCACCAGUUUUGAUAUCAAUUAUGUGCGUCGUGAAGUUCAUAAAUUUCAUUUAUAAUGGCCAGAAGAUGAAGGAGUUGAUAGACAUUCUGAGGAGGGACUGGUUAGAAAUAAAGGACGAAUUCGAAAUCACACUCUUACGAAAAUGGUCAGACGAUAGUCAAACGAACAUGCUCAUGUACGCCGGAGCCGUCUAUGGAUCAAUGGCCCCUUUCAUGCUGGGUCCACUGGUCCCACCAAUUCUGCGGCUCAUUCCCAAGGGUUUAAUCGGAAUAAAUCCCAACAUGACCAUGGCCAAGCCAUUGAUGUUCCACGUCGAGUACUUCAUGGAUGUCGAUAAAUAUUAUUAUCCGCUCCUGGUACAUUCGUAUUUCGGUACGAUGACCUACAUCACUGUUGUUGUUGCUAUCGAUACAAUGUUCAUGACGUACGUUCAACGAGCCUGUGCUAUAUUCAACAUUGUUGGGUACCGCUUGGAGAAGUUGGUGGACGACUACGAUCUGAAUGUCGAUCUACAUCCGAUCCUGCAGAAGGAUACGUCCUACAAACGCAUGACCGAGUGCGUCAUCAGACAUUCAAAAGCCAUUCAAUACGCACAAAUGAUUGAGUCGGCGAAUUCCACAUCUUUCUUACUGCAACUGGGGCUCAAUAUGGUCACUAUUAGCUUCACCGGAUUUCAAGCCGCUACCAAAUUGAGUCGUCCUGAUGAGGCUUUCAGGUAUGCGUCAUUCACCUGCGCCCAGACGUUUCAUUUGUUCUUCGAAAGCUGGCCUGCUCAACGUCUGGUGGAUGAAAGCACAAGAAUUGCCGAAUAUGCAAUCAAAACGUCGUGGUACAAAACAUCACUCAGGUCUCGAAAACUUUUUCAACUGUUGAUCAUGAAGAGCCUGGAGCCAUGUCAAUUGACAGCGGGUGGUGUCUACAUUCUCAAUUUGCAAAACUUCAGCGCAGUGGUGAAGACAUCUAUGUCAUACUUUACAGUUCUCUGUUCAACGACUUGAAUAUUCUGGGAGACUUGGCGAUGGACAAGAAAAUGUGAAAAACUACAGAAUAAAUUGAUUCAAUUCGUUUUUUAUCGGUUUAUGAGUGAACAAAAAUUUAAUAAAGUUAAGAGGCACGAGAGAUCAAUCACGUGGAUCAGAUGUUCUUUGGUAGAUGGUUCAACAUUAAAUAAUUAAGAUGGGGUGUGUUAUCAGGUAAAUGGAAAUUUGCUGAUGAUGAUCAAGUGAUUUUUAUAAGAUGUAAUUAAUAAAAGUCGAUUUCAUCGAUUCCCAUUGCACUAGAAUUUUUUGUAUUGAGUAAACGUCGGGCAAAUGGUGGGCCAGGGUCGUUCGAUCCCUUAGGGUUGAUGGAAUAAUGACGGGUUGGUAUUGGUAGGCAUUGGCUGCGAAAUAAUUAUGACAAUAAUUAAUUCUUAGUUAUUGUAUUCCUUUGAAUUAUGAAUUUUUAUUCUCACUUUCAAUUAUUUUUGCCCCUCUCAUCUGUUCAUAGUUUCACUAAGUAUGUUGAUGAGUUGGUGAUUUUUUUUAUCGCAGAUAUAUUUAUUAUUAGUUGAUGUGUAUAAAGCAUUAAAAAUGAAGCCAGAUAAUUAUCUAGACAAGCGAUAUCUUCAUUCGAAGCUUUCAAUUUUGGAGGAACAUAAAAAUUGCUCAAUGAAUUAAUCAUGAAUCUUAUCGCCUUGCGAGACGUUUGCAGAAUAAAAAAAUAACAGUCACUAAAUAUACAAAGAGCCAUGCUUUUUUAUCGUUUGAGAAAAAACGUUUUUUUUUUUCUUAUAAUAGACGCGAUAAAACAAUUAACGAUACAUUAACGAUAAUUCUUAAUUGAAUGAAUAUUAAUAAACAUCACCAUUAUAUAAAUAAUAUAUUAAUUGACUAAUUUUGGUCUCUGGAGACGUUGAAUUAUUUUGGCUUGCAAAAAAAAAACAA